UUUCCGCUUCCGCCUCCAGGCCCGUUCCCGGUGCCGCGCUGCUCCCGGUGCUGCCGGGCCCGGCCCCGCCGCCAUGGGCGCUCACCUGGCGCGGCGCUACCUGUGGGACGCGGAGGGCGAGCCCGACCCGCUGCACAUGCCGUCCUUCCCCGCCGAGCUGGGCCUGCCGAGCCGCCAGCCGCGCGCCAUGGUGGCCUCGGCGGCGCAGCUGGCGCAGGCCCAGGUGCCGCUGGAGCAGCGCGAUUACUGCGGCCACCACCUGCUGCGGCUGCUGCGCUGCCACCGCGACAACUUCCCCGUGCCCUGGGGCUGCCACGCCCUGCGCCACGCCUGGGACAGCUGCGAGCACCACGACUACGUGAUGCGCAUGAAGGAGUUCGAGCGCGAGCGGCGCCUCCUGCAGCGCCAGAAACGGCUCCGGCAGCGCCACGGGGACACCGAGUGACACUGGGGACACCUGGGACACCGAGGGACACUGGGGACACCCGGGGACACCGAAGGACCCCUGGGGACACCGCGAGGGCGGUGACACGAGGCCACGCCCCUGCAAUAAACGCGCCGAGUGACACCGUG